GGGGGAAGAAGGACAGGAGGACGCGAUAUAUCGCGCAUCGAGGGAGCGCAGCAUAGCAAGCUUCCAAAGAUCUCUUUGAGGAUCUUCAAGUGGCACACGUGGAGCAGUCAGUUGCGGCUGAGACGAAGGUGUUCCAUUGACGCCAGGCCAGGUGAGUGAGGGGAUGGGCAGCAGGGGGGGUAGCGCAGAGCAGACAGAUCGACCACCGUCCUCGCCCAGUCCUUUUCCCGCGCCUGUGCGUCUAUGCUGUUCGGUUGUGGUCAGACCAGGCGGUCUUAAUCCAUCUGUCCCGAUGAGUGAUCCCCAAGCGCCAGCGGACUUCCAUCCCCCCAAGGCCGCCCCUCUGCGCGAUGACCUCUUCGGUCCAGCUGACGACGACUCAUUCAUGAGGGCCCUCGCACAGCCCCAGCAACAACAACAGCAGCAGCAACAGCAGCAGCAGCAGGCACCAUCAGCGGGGAGCACGUUUCCAUCUUCCACAGCCCCGCCGUCGGCAGGCGGUCCGGCAGGGGCAGUGCCGCAGCCAUAUGUGGGUGUGCAGGGCGGCGUCAAGACCAACACGGCACAGCUGUUCGGUGAUGACGAUGCCACCGACAGUGUGUUCGCCACUGAUCCAUGCAGACCGGGAUUCCAUGGUGAGAGAGGAGGGAGGGUGCGAAGGAAAGGGACAAAGGAGGAGCUUCGGUUGACCGUUCGUGGUAUGUGUUUCUGACAUCAGAUUCUUCAUCGGCUGCCUCUCCGGCUCUGGGUUUGUCAUCCCUGACGGCGCCAUCGAGUGAGCGUCCGUCGCUGUUCCCCCACUCCCCUGCCCCCGUCCACCCCUCACCCGCCCAACACCAACAACAACACCAACAGCAACAACAGCAGCAGCCCUUCUCGUUCCAGUCACCCCCACCACCGCAACAGCGGCAACAGCACCGACACCAGACAUCCCCCGUGCCAUCCCCCAUACAGCUGCAUAACGGUCCCGGUAUUGCCGUGAGGGGCGCACACGAGGAGGGUGCAGCGCCAGCGCCUUCUGUGGCCGUGCAGCCACCGGUCAACCCCUUCGUGACAUCCCCGCCGACGUCCAACACGUCUCUCGACACGGCCCCAUCGAGCACCACCACCACCACCACCACAACAUCGGCCUUCUCACGGUCCAUCUCGCCACCGGCCUUCGCGCAGCAGGCGCCAUCCACCGCCGGAGCGUCCACACCGGGGAGGCCCGCACCCAUCGUGAGUCCGUUCCGGCCGUCGACAGGGGCGUCUCCCGUUGCCUCGCCGGGUGUGGCGCCCGUCCCGGCCAGCACCACCACGCCCCCGCCUCGCCCGAGCCCCCACACACCCAUCCCGGCGGCCACUCAGGGACCAUUCGCGCCACAGGCACCAUCCCAGCCGGUGGCCCCACCACAAGUGCCGGUCAGUCUGGCCGUUGGCCCUGGGCCGGCGUCGACAGCAGCUGGGGGAGGUUUGUCGCCGUCGCAGAGGGUGUCGGGUCGACCCAACUGUGCGGUGUUUGCGUUUGGGUUUGGCGGCAAGGUGGUGACGAUCAUCCCCACGAAGCCGACCCACAAGUUCCAGACCGUCACGAUGCCGGGGCCGUGCGAGAUACGCCGGCUGGUCGACAUCCUCCCGACUUCGCCCAGCCCGUCCCACAGACGGUGGGCAGAGAGCGUCCUGGCCUUCCCAGGCCCUCUGGGGCAUUCCGACGAGCAACUGUCGCAGCGUUUGGUGGAGUUCGUGACCAAGGAGAUCGAGGGUGGGUGGGCGAGUGGGGAGAGGAGGGCCAUCCAACGUGAGCCGCUGCUGCAGCUGCUGCGAGCCCUGGUGCUGGCCAAGGGGCAGCUCUACGCCAAGGAGUGCAAGGAGCAGGUCUGCGACUUCCUCAUGCGCCUGCAGGAGUCACCCGCAUUCGCAUCACACCCAUCCCGCCCACCGUCCACCCCGCCCAGUCAGCCCGCCGACACGCAGCCACACCAGCCGGUUCCCCUGGAGAAGGAGGCGAAAGAAGUGGCCCAGUACGUCACAUUUCUGUCACAGCACGACGUGGAUGAGUCGGUGCGGUUUGCUCUCGAGCGGGGUCUGUGGGCGCACGCCUUGGUGACGUCGACGGUGAGCCCCAGCGGUUUGGAGGCCUUCAAGGGGUGUGUGGCGCAGUUCGCCGAGAAUAUGGGGCAGCUGCCGGCCGCCCCGGGUGGCGGUGGUGCGGAUGGCGAGGGCGUGAAGGAGGCUGAGCGGCAGGCGAGGGCGCUGAGGACAUUCUACCUGCUGCUGGCACAGAGGGACGUGUCCAUCUCGCAAGGUAGGUAGGAAGACCGCCCAGCUUCCAUGCCAUGUGAGAAUAGGGGCCUCUGGAUGUGGUGUUUGUAUGUGUCUUGGUGUCAUGUUGGUUGUGCAUUCAUUCAGGAGUGUUAGCGUCGUGGCCGGCGCAGGUGGCUUUGGUGUGUCGUCACCUGCUGCCCAACCACAAGGCCGCCCAGCGAUUCCUCGCAAAGCUGGGCGACUUCAUCGAAAUGCACCUGCAGGUCGCUACACACACCUACAAAGACACAUACAUACAUGCAGACAGACAGACAGACGUUGACCAGCCAAAUGUGUCCCUCCCUCCCUCCGUCCGUGUGUGUGUUGUGAUCAUUCAUUAAGGACACGCCUGCGUCCCACGUGUGUUACCUGUUGGGCGGCAUCACACCCGAGUCGGUGGACAGCCUUGCGGCCAGGCUGGCGCUGCUCGGUCAGUCCACAACACGUCACGCACAGCGCUUGGAUGGCUGGAUGGAUGGCUAGAGGUGUGUGUCACUUGUUUACUUACAGGCAUCGACCACCGUCAGACCAAGAAUUUCUACCGGUUGCUGGAGCCGUCGUGUCUGCAGCUAACCGAGAUACUCGAAUACUCCAUGAGAUACCAAAACCCACAGGUCUGUGGUGUGGGUGCACAACACACACACAUGUUCUCGCCUUCACCUGUCCUGUCCGCCUUGCGUGUGUGUGUUAUCUUCUCCCUUGGCCAAUUUGCCUGCAGUUCUGCCUGCCGUCCAUCCAGCCCUUCAAGCUCUCGUACGCACAGCUCCUCUGCGACAUGGGCCAAUACGAGCAGGUCAGGUCGGCAUGGCAUGACUUGCUGCGUCAGCUUAGCGAACAUCGAGUCAAUCUUGCUCCAUGCCCUUUCUGAGCAGGCGGCCAAGUACGUGGCCUUCACACAGGCCUUCGCACGCACCGUGCCGGCGUCGCACUUCUCCGAGGGCUUCAGGACGUACCUCAGAGAACUCGAAAUGCGCAUCAAAGAAUCGGGCGGCGCCAAAAAGGUCAGCUAACAAACACCCAACUCACCCGCACCAGGCCAGGAGAGAGUGCGUCCAUCCGUUUGUCUGUCUGUCUGUCUGUCUGUCUGUCAGGGCCGCGGGGCACUCGCGGGUCUGUCAGUGAAGGCGACAGGCGAGGUUGGCCAGGCCCUGAGCUCGCUGUGGGGCGGCAUCAAGGGCAUCGCGUCGACCUUCACGGGCAAGACAGAGGGGGGAGGGGAACACCCGUCCUAUCCCUCCAGCCAGGCCUCGGCAUCCCCCCUGCCCUACCAGCCAUCCUCUCCACCGCCUGUGCCACUCCCAUCAAGCGCUGGAUCGACCAUGCAGCCGCCAUCGGUGCAGCAAGCCGGGCUGCUCAGAGGUGAGAGACAGGCAGGCAGACAUGCAGGCUGCCAUAUCAAUGGUGUGUGCAUGUGUGUCAGAUGCCAUGUCGAGCCCCCCUCCUGCCGGCGGCAGCGGCAGCCGUGGCGGUGGCAUGUCUGUCGGCCGGGUGAUGUCAUCACCGCCCUCCACUCAGCCCACCAUGGGCAACGGCCAGCAGCAGCAGCAGACGUUGCUAGGGGACGUUUGGGGUAGCAUCAAGAAGGCCUUGCAGCCGGAGGAGCGGCAGAUCGGGGUGGAGAACACAUUCUACUACGACGAAGUCAAGAAGAGAUGGGUCGACAGAUGUGAGCCACCACACCUCCCCUCCCCUCCUCCCCCGUACACACACAUCACACCUCUCCCAACCUUUGCUUGUCUGUCUGUCAGCGCGGCCUGAGGAGAGCGAGCCCGAGGCAGCGGACAAGGCGCCCCCCGCGCCGCCUCCUCCACCACCCACAGGCAUGGGCAUGGCGGGCCCGUCGGGAGUCGGCAACCCUCUGCUCAAGCAGAGCGGCGCGGGCGGCAACGUCAGGAGCCGAUAUGUCGACGUACUCGCCCCCGCUGCAUUGGCCACCAAACCAACAGGUAGGUAGUGUAGUUACACCAACACGGACAGGUAGAAGAAUCGGACGCUUUGUCAAUUGGUGUCCUGAGUGGUCUCCAUGCAGAUGUGCCAGCUCCGGUACAGCCCCCGGCGCUCUCAUCUCUGCCAGCAGGGUUCGUGACGCCCCCUCCCACCCGCAUGAACCAGCCACCGCUGGCAGCAAGCCCCCUGGCCACCCAACACCCACACCCAUCCACACAACACACGCCUCCGCCCAGCCAACAGCAGCAGCAGCAGCAGCAUCAUCCAGGGGCGAGCACCGCACCACCGGGCUCAUUGGGUGGCCAGAGCAAGCCUCCUGGGUCGUUCCCUGGUGUAAAGACCAGCCCCUUUGGGUGACAUCGAUGGCGAUGGAUUGAUGAUGUGAUGUGGUGUGGUGUGGCGUGGUGUAGCUGUCCAGCUCUCUCUUGUGUGUGUUGCAAUGCGUGGACGGACCUUUGGCUGGGUGAACCGUGAGGGUCCGUUGGGGGCACUGGCGGGGUGCACCAUGACAGGUGCAUGUCUCGCCAGUUCCUCUUCGAGACCUGCCGUGUCACUCAGCUGACGUACGCACUGGCGAGUUAGGGGACGGAAGUGGAGAGUUAGGGGACGGAAGUGGAUCGCUCAGUGGUUCGCGCCUAAGUGGGUCACGACAUGGUGUGAGAGGUUGUGUUGUGUCGAUCGGAUUGAGUGGGCUGGGUCUUUAAGGGCCUCUGAUUUGUGUCGCAGCGGGGGCCGUGGCGUCUGUGUCGGGACUACACGAGAGCAUACCUCGGUCGCUUGGUAUUUUAAGCGAGUGUGUCCGUGAUGAUCGUCCGGAAUGGAUGGCAUGGAUGGCAUCGUCUCUGUGUGUGCGUGUGUGUGCGUGGACCGAUGCGCUCCGCAUGUGUGUGUGUGUGUGUUCGUAUCUAUCGCAAUAAUUCGCAAUUCGCUG